AUGGGAGACAUUGAAUUUGCGAAAGCUCAUAAUUCUGCAAUUUUUCUCAAAGACCCUCUUGCAGUCCACAAUGACUUGAAAUUCAUUGUGGAUGGCUUGAAGAAAUCCUGCUUGGUUCAUGCCCUAAUUACAAAUCCUGCUAUCUACCAAAGAGAAUCUCUUCAAAUUGAGGACAGACCUGAGUACCCCAUGGAGAUUGACGUUCAUCAAAUUGAGGAAAUUUUAGAGUAUAUGGGAUACGAACGAACUUUUCCUCCUACAAUCAAGAAGCUGCUUCCUCCAUGCUGGAUGCUUUUGGCUCAUGUGUUCGUCAGUUGCAUUUCUGGCCGGAGAUCAGGAGCAAACGAGAUUUCUCUAGCCAACAGUGGUGCCAUUGUAGCAUUGGCAGUAGGUUUUGAGUUUAAUUUCUCAAAAUUCAUCAUGAAUGAAAUGAUACUAAAUCUUGAAGGGAUCAAAAGAGACAAAUUUUGUAUGUAUCCAAGAUUUUUACAAAUCAUCCUUAAUGUAACUCACCCCGAGUUGGAGAGAGGAAAUGAUACUCUGAAUUUCAAAUCCAUUGGUCCAAGUGCCUUUGGACUAAUGAAGCAAAAGAGAGGCGGAAAAACAAUCCAUGCCGAUGGAAAUGAAGAUAUUUCUCUCUCCCCCUCCGGGCCUGAAGUGGAGGAGAUUCAUCACUCUCCCACAGCUUAUGUAUCUGGUGAGCAUGAUAAUCAGAAAGAAAAUGAUUCAAAAUCUUCUCGAGAGGAUGAUGAUGAUGAUCUUUAUGAAGAUGUGGAAUUUUUGAAAGAAAUCGACUUUACAGGAAUCAAUGACGACAUUCCAAAAAACAUAGAAUUUGAUUUUGGUGAUGAAGAUUUUGAUCCUUAUCUUGAUAUUCCCAGCAGCCGUGUAAAUAAAGUCAAUGAAGUUGCUUCUUUAGCAACUAAGACUAGAGAUGAAGGAAAUGUUCUCAAAAUUCUACUCUCUACCUCAAAUCCCUUGGAGGUCACAACAAGUCAAGGAGAUGUGACAUCAGAGAUUCCUCCCUCUGUGUCACUUGUCUCAACAUCAGCUCCAGUCAUUUCUGUCUUAUCUGAACCUCAGACUUCUCAGACUUCCAUAAGAACAAGCCAAUCUCUUGAAAGUCUGGAGGUACCCUCUAUAAAAUGUGCUCCUCAAGUUAUUUCAACAAUCACUGCAACCGCUCCUGACUCUCCUCCAAAGCAGACUGAUGAAGGUCGAAAGGAAAUUGGAGUUCUUUGCCAACAGCUCAUUGAAAAGUCAAUUCAAAUGGAUCAGCUUUCUGCACAUAUCUUUGAGCUCAGGGAAAAGGAUGAAGAAAAUACCAAACAAAUCAAUGAUCUACAAACGAGUCUUGGAUCUGUUCUAGCUAAUUAUUUCAAUCUCAAGAACGUAUUGUAUGAUGUUUUUGGUGAAAAAGUUAAAGCCCUCUUCCAACAGCCUCAUGGAGUAGUUGAUCCUCCUUCUGUUCAAUCACCUCCUGCAACUGAUGACCUACCUGUUAACCCACCUGCUCCAAGAACAACUACAAUUGUCCAACACAUUUGA